AUGUCUACACGUCCGCCUCCUCCAGGUGCCCCCAACAGAUUUGGCUUCAACCGAGUCUACCGUACCAAUCUAAGACCUGUGGUCAUUGGGGUUGGUGCCAUUACUGCGCUUUGGUCGCUGUUUUCUAUCAGCUUUGACAAGCGAGAGGAUGUACCGAAACUCGCUACAUUUGCGAUUGUUCUGGGAGCAAUCUACAUGGCCCUAACUCUCAUUGAGUCGUUUGGAGUACUGGCGGCAACGUUACAACGUGCAAGUCUUGUUGGGGCUUAUGCAUAUGCUACAUUUCUGGGCAUCCUCCUCGCUGUCGGAGCCAGCGUCUUACGAAUUGUGAUCCAUUUCACAUCCAAGGGCGACAUUCUCAAAGUCUGCACGGACAUCACCACAGGUGCGCGGUUUGCCGUAUAUCCCUACGGCUGGUGGGGGCCCUCAAGACACGAAACUUUGGACGCCACCGAUGCUGCGAACUGGUGCAACCGUGAGUAUAACCGAGAUUCGUGGCAACUGAUCAUCUCCCUGCUUAUCACCAUGGUGAUAUGGGGCUUCUUCUCCGCUCUUGGCUGGGCUUACUACCGUCAAGUUCUUGACCCGACCAGCGUUGUCAACUCACUCCGCGCUCCCUCCAAUCAGUUUAACGGCCAGUUCAACGGCGCCUAUCCAUCUCACUACAACCCACCCUACAAUCCAUCAGUGCCAAAUCUGGGCUAUGCUGCUCCUUACGCAAACCCCAAUCCUGUCUAUGCCCCUCCCGCUGGUCCACCUCCCCCUCGAGACGGACCAAAGCCUGCAGAAUAUGCUGUGACACAACCCCACACAGAACGUGAUGUAACUAGCCGGCCCGGUCCCGGCGGGCGAGAGACAUUCCAGUGA